AUGACUCAGUCUGCGAGAUACCCGCUACCUCAUGAUCAUCUGAAACCGUUCCCCUCGUCACCUGCGCCAUCGCAGACUGCAGCCAAGCCAUUGGACAAUGCCCAAGCCGAGGUCAAUCACAAUGGGGACCCCGAUACAAUGCCUGAAUCCAAUGACCUCCCGCCUCUCCCAGCCGUUGUCGCCCGCAUUCAUAGCCGGGUGAAAGCUUUCCUCAACGAGACACAUCCCGAGGACUCCCUGCUCGCCUCCGUCCAGCGCCAAACCCGCAUCUCACUGGGCGUGGUCUCAAGUGCACUGAAGCGCUACAAGCUCUCUGAACUCUCUGUUUCAUACAAUGGCGGCAAGGACUGUUUAGUUCUGCUCAUUCUUUUUUUGGCCGGCCUGCACCCCGAAAACAACCCCGAGGUCCAUAAUACCGAAACAGAAGCACAAAUAGCCGCCGCAACCUUCAUCCCAUCUAUCUACGCCCUGCCCCCGGACCCUUUUGAUGCCGUCGAAGACUUCGUUGUCACCUCCGCUAGAGCAUACCAUCUUGCCAUCACAAAGUAUACGACCUCGCCGCCCGCGUCAACGCUACGCUCCAGCUUCGAAGAUUACCUGGCUCGACACCCUGGUAUCCGGGCGAUAUUCGUCGGCACCCGGCGGACAGAUCCGCACGGGGCGCAACUGACACACUUUGACCGGACAGAUGGCGGCUGGCCCGACUUUAUGCGAGUACACCCAGUGAUUGACUGGCAUUAUGCAGAGAUCUGGGCGUUUAUCCGGCAUCUGGAUUUGAGAUACUGUUCCCUUUACGAUGAGGGAUACACGAGUCUGGGAGGGACCUCUGAUACGCAUCCGAACCCUAAGUUGCAAAAUGAUGGGGAAUACCUCCCCGCGUACCAGCUCACGGAAGACGUGGAAGAGAGGUUGGGGCGGAAUUGA